GCCUUCCAAAUCAGAGGACAAAUAAAAUUUUAUCUACAACGGACGAGUGAAGUGGUUUUAUUUUUAAUGCGGGGAAAUUGAAGAUUUCAAUUCCAAUAAUAAACUUAAGUUUGUGAAGUGAAACGUUUCUUGUAUUAUUGUUUGUGUACGCUUAGUAGCGUACUUUGUGUCAAAAAGUCACCGUCCUUGAUUGCAAGUGCAAAUAAAUAUCAAAGGCUAAUAAGCUGCAGGCAGCAGUGUCGGAAUUGGCCGUCGUCGCCGUCAUAGUAGUUGUUUUUCAAAAUUUCAUUGAAGCACGCCCAUAUAACACCAUAACAAAGUAUAUAUGUGUAUAGUACUUUUAUGGAAUUGUAGAAUAUUUAACCAAAAUCACAAGAACAAAUAAGAGUAGAGCAACAAUUGUGAGCAUCUAGUGAGUGUGGUAUACUACAUUCAAAUUAUUAUUAAUUAAAUGAAUUGUGCAAAUGUAUUAUGUGUGAAUGCGAGCAAAUAUUGUUAUUGCUAUAGAAAAAUAGCCAUAAUUGUUUACGUGAUGAUUUGUUGAAAGAGUGUAGUCAAGACCGUGCAAUAAUUCCAUAGUGUAUCACCGCGUGUAUUUUUCUGCGUCCAUACAUGCAUAUUUUGUGUACAUAAAUGUGCGUGUGUCUAAAAUAAAUGCAUAUGUGCUCAUAUGGCUGUCAAUGCUGGCGCGCGUAAAAAGCAAAUAAAAUAUUUGUGGCUUGUCGUUUUGUUCCGUAAAAUAAUUUGAAGUGUUUCACCGUAUAUAGAAAUAUAAAAUAUAUAUACUAAAACGCACAACUGUAAACAAAUAACGAAUGUAACUAUAUUCCCAACAAUAACAAAAAAUAAAAAAAUACAGUUAACAUACUCCCGAAAGUAGUGUCAAAGUUAUAUAGUUAGUAAAACACACCUCAACAACAAAAACAACAGUCGAUUUCAACUCCAUUACAAUACAACAGCAACAUGGCUUUGCCAAGUAAUAAUAUUGGUACCGGUAGUGGUGGAGGUAGUGGCGGUGUUUUAGGAGCUACCGGCGGCGGUAGUGCUGGUAGUGGUGGUAUCGGAAAUAAUGAUUUGUGGCGCGAGUGUGUUGCAUGGUUAACGCGUUGCAAAAUUAUACCACCCGAUCACAAAGCCAAUUGGGCGGAUUCAGAAAUACGCGUCCUUGCCUUGACGCUACGCGAUGGUGUUUUACUUUGCAAUUUGGUCAUUUAUUUGGAUGCGAACAGUAUGGAUCCACGCGAUUUCAAUCGUAAGCCACAAAUGGCACAGUUCUUGUGCUGUAAAAAUAUCAAACUUUUUCUCGAUGUUUGCCGCAACCAUUUCGGACUGCGCGAUUCGGAUCUCUUCGAGCCCACAAUGCUGUACGAUUUAACGAAUUUCCAUCGUGUGCUGAUAACGCUUUCCAAAUUAUCGCAAUGCCGUAAAGUACAACAACUGCAUCCGGAUUUAAUUGGUUUCAACAUCCAGCUUUCACCCAGCGAACGCUCACACUCCGAUGAGGCCAUUUACAAGGAUCUACAUUCAACCGAUGAAUCGCGAAAGAAUGGAACAAUUGACGGCCAAGCUGAGAAUUGUGAUGUCGUCUCGAUUAGUGGCUCGCUCUCCGUUGAGGAUGAGAAUAGCGACAUCACAAUUGAGAAUGGCAACGAAGACACCGAGGAAUAUGAAGACGAAUUCACUACUAAUCUACUGGAAUCCAUUGAUGAUGAACAAAAAUCCACAUACAGUGGCAGUUCAUGUAGUACGGCUGUGACAGCACGUAUUUAUUCGUCGUCGGCGCAUACGCGCAGCGCUACCGUGGGCAAUUUGAGUGGCAUUAAUAGCGUUCGCACUUCCGUUGGCGGACGCAGUAGCAUCGGCAGCACCACCUCUGUCACCGACAGUUUGGGUGCCACGAGUGCGUCAUCGAAUUCGAGUGACAACCAAAGCUUACAGCGUUUAGCUGCAACAGCAUGGAAUUAUCAGGCGGCUGCCCGGGAAGUGGGUGGCCACGAGUAUCUCAAUGAUAUUUACUUUGAAGAGGAUGAAAAAGUUUACGAGGACUUAUGCUACGUCACGUUCUCGUCGAAGGCAACUGAGAUCACCUCAGCGACCAGUUUCGAACAACGUGAUUAUGUCAUACGCGAACUGAUCGACACAGAGUCGAAUUAUCUUGAUGUCUUGAAUGCCUUGAAGACAAAAUUCAUGACGCCACUCGAACGUUACCUGAAUCCGGAGGAAAUUAAGCAAAUAUUUCCGCGCAUACGCGAACUCGCUGAUAUACACACAAGGUUUCUGGAAAAACUGCGUGAAUCUCUCUCGCCCAAUGCCAAAGUGAAAAUGAGUCAAGUAUUUUUGGAGUUCCGCGAGCCAUUCCUGCUCUAUGGCGAAUACUGUUCCUGUCUGUUGGGUGCCAUCGAUGUGCUGGCCGAUGUCUGCAAGAAGAAUCAGAUUAUUGAGCAACUUGUGCAGCAAUGCGAGCGUGAUUACAAUGUGGGCAAAUUGCAAUUGCGUGAUAUUUUAUCGGUACCCAUGCAGCGAAUUCUCAAAUACCAUUUACUAUUAGAUAAACUAGUCAAAGAAACCUCACCGGUGCACGAGGAUUACCGCGCAUUGGAGCGUGCCAAAGAGGCAAUGAUCGACGUAUCUCAGUACAUCAACGAAGUAAAACGUGAUUCCGAUCACUUAGUGAUCAUACAGAAAGUCAAAGACAGCAUAAUCGAUUUGCAUUUGCUGCCAAACGGUACCAACGAUCUCCUGCAAUACGGUCGUCUCCUCUUGGACGGCGAAUUGCACAUAAAAGCGCAUGAAGAUCAAAAAACAAAAUUACGUUACGCAUUCGUUUUUGAUAAAAUACUUAUAUUGGUGAAGCCAUUGCAUACAAAAAUGGGCGAUAUGCAGUAUACAUACCGUGAUUCGCAUUAUCUUUCCGAAUAUCGGGUGGAGCAGAGUCAUACGCGGCGUACCUUGGGCCGCGACACACGUUUCAAAUGUCAACUGCUGUUGGCGCGCAAGUCGGGCAAGACUGCUUUCACGCUCUACUUGAAAUCGGAGCCAGAACGUGAUAAAUGGCGCAAGGCGCUCACAGAGGCAAUGGAAAACUUAGAUCCACCUGGCUGCCGCAAUACAGAUCACAAAAUGGAAAUUUAUACCUUUGAUGCGGCCACGACAUGCAGGCACUGUUCGAAAUUCCUUAAAGGACGUAUACAUCAGGGCUACCGCUGUAAGGUCUGUGAAAUUGCCGUACAUAAAGGCUGCAUAUCGUCAACGGGCCGCUGCAAACAGAAUCCUCUAAGCAUACCGCCGCCUGUUUGUGAUCGUCAGUUGUCGGAGUUCAAUUGGUUUGUCGGCACAAUGGAUCGCGAUACAGCCGCUAUACGCUUAGAAAAUCGUCGUGUUGGCACAUAUUUACUGCGUGUGCGGCCUCAAGGUGCAUCCAAUCCACAUGAGACCAUGUAUGCGCUGAGUUUGAAAACCGAUGAUCAUGUCAUUAAACACAUGAAAAUCAACCAAGAACCCGAUGGCGAAACAGUGCUCUAUUGUCUGUCGUCGCGCCGCCAUUUCAAAACUAUUGUCGAACUGGUUUCGUACUAUGAACGCAAUGAUUUGGGUGAAAAUUUUGCGGGCUUGAAUCAAUCGCUGCAGUGGCCCUUCCGCGAAGUAAUAGCCACCGCUAUUUACGAUUUUGAACCGAAAGGCAGCAACCAAUUACAUCUUAAGACAGGCGGCCAAGUGCUGGUUAUUGGCAAAGAUGGCGACAGCAAAGGUUGGUGGCGUGGAAAAAUUGGCGAUACGGUCGGCUACUUCCCCAAGGAGUACGUGAAGGAGCAGCCACCGAUGAGCGAUGAACUUUGAUAUUACAAUUAUGUAAUUUAUGUUGCGCAACCAACGGACCAACAUGCAAUUGCAUCGGAUAAUACAAGUUUAGCGGCUGACAGCUGCGUACCCACCACUAGCAGAGUGAUAAUGCCCAGAGGUGAGCAGUAGUCGCUCAAACCUCGUGCUGAUUAA